CUGGAACUAAAUGGUGUCAAUGGUCUCUUUACAGUGUUAUACCCUAUGCCCACUCACCGUCAGUUCGUAAACUCUCGAAAAUUGCGACCUUGCUGCUGGCCAAGAACUAUAUAUUGAUGCAGCAGAAUGCGCUGGAGGAGCUGCGCAGGCUGUUGGCCUACAUACAGAGCACUACGGGCGCUGCACCCUUGGACUUGGGAGCUUUUCCGGCAGCGGCUAAAUUGCAGGCGCUUCUCCAAGGACCACAUAAUGAGCCGCCCACGAGCAGCAGCAGCUAAGGAGAGAAAAGGAAAGAGCGGCCGAGUGAGAGGGAGAAUGAGAAGCAAUACGUCUACAUUUAAGUCAAUCGAAGAGCCAAAUAUUUGUGUACUAGUCAAGCAAGAGGUUGAGCAUCUGUUAAGUGAUAUUUAGUUCUUUUAUAAGCAUUUCAUUUAUGCAUUUAUAUAUAUGAUGUCUGUGUAGAUUGUAAGUCAAAAAUAAUCAGUAUGAGCAAUAAAAGGGAAAUUAUAG